GGAUCGGCGCACGGCAAUCAGCAGCCAGCAAGGGAAAGACGAGCGAGCAGUGACGAUGGCUGAUGAGAGGUAGGAGAGCGAGCGAGCGAGUAGUUUGGCCCGAUUUGAAGAGCCGAGACACAGGCCGCUACCGUGCCAGGAGUACAGAACAUCGGCGUGCCCCCGUUGGCGCCUGGGCCCCGACUGUCCCGCGCCGGGAACGCAUAUAAGGAAGCGGACGCGACGAUGCCUUCCCCUCUCACUCACUCGCCUCCAUCUGCGCUGUUCCCUCCUCUCCUCGCCGAUCGAGGAGCACUGCACUGCACUGCACUGGCAAGGACAGUGGCAUCCUCUUCUCUCCCAUCCCGUCACCUUCGUCUCUCUCCCUGGCCAUCUCGUGGGUGCAGUUGAGCAGUUCAGCAGCGAAGUGUGCGCGCACACGGCAGCGGCAGUUACUCUGCUUCGUGUCCAAUUUAAUGCGCUCCUGCAGAACGGAAGAGGGAGCUAGCCCUUUCUCCAAUGGCUUGUUGAGCCAUUCAAUGACUUCGUAUCCCUCUCUUGACCAAGGAACCCCUCUUCUUUAACUGCUGCGUGUCACUCUCUUACGUGCUCGCGCACGCCGGUUACAACUACUGCCGCGAGACAAGAGGAGGGGAUUGAUGGAGAUGUUCUGUUGAGUUCCUUCUAGCUGGGCAUUGUUGCGUUCUUGGAUUCUUGGCUUCUUGGAGGAUGAACUACCUCAGGAGCCGGAGCCUGAAGAGGCUCCUGUCCCUCGGCCGCCGGAGCAACGCUGACGAGUCCGCCGAGGAGUGCGUCGACGUCAAGCCGCCGCCCCCGCCGCUGAACAGGCCAACCUGGAGGUGCUUCUCCUACGAGGAGCUCCACCAGGCCACCAAUGGCUUCCACCAAGACAACAUGGUGGGGAAGGGCGGGUACGGCGAGGUGUACCGCGGGGUCCUGGACGACGGGCGCGCCGUCGCGGUGAAGCGGCUGGCGCCGACGGCGGCGGCGGACGAGAAGAAGGAGAAGGACUUCCUCACAGAGCUGGGAACGGUGGGGCACGUCCGCCACCCGAAUGUCUCGGCGCUCCUGGGCUGCUGCGUCGACCGCGGCCUCCACCUCGUCUUCGAGUUCUCCACCCGCGGCUCCGUCUCCGCCAACCUCCACGACGAGAAGCUGCCGGUGAUGUCGUGGAAGCAGCGGCACGGGAUCGCGGUCGGCACGGCGCGGGGGCUGCGCUACCUCCACAAGGACUGCGCGCGGCGGAUAAUCCACCGCGACAUCAAGGCGUCCAACGUUCUCCUCACCGCGGACUACGAGGCUCAGAUUUCGGACUUCGGCCUCGCCCGGUGGCUACCGUCGGAAUGGACGCACCAUGCCAUCGCGCCCAUCGAGGGCACCUUCGGGUGCCUUGCGCCCGAGUACUUCACGCACGGCAUCGUGGACGAGAAGACGGACGUGUUCGCCUUCGGCGUCUUCCUCCUCGAGCUCAUCUCCGGCAGGAAGCCGGUGGACGGCUCCCACAAGAGCCUCAUCGCGUGGGCCAAGCCUUACCUGACCGACGGCGUCGUGCAAGGGCUCGUGGACCCGCGGCUCGGCGACGGCUACGACGCCGGGCAGCUGAGGCGGCUCAUGUUCGUCGCGUCGCUCUGCGUCAGGGCCGCCGCGGCGUGGCGGCCGACCAUGACACAGGUACUGGAGUUAUUGGAGUCCGGUGAGAUUUCCCAAGAUCAAUGGCAGAUGCCCGAGAAGGAGGAGGAAGAUGAGUUCUGGGAUUUCGACCAUCUCGAUGAUUUCGAGGACGACGACGAUGACAACUACGACGAUGAAUCGGAUUCCCCCUCGAUAUCCUCGUCGGCGUGCAGCAUCCACCCCAAUGAUUAGCCCCAAAAUAUUUGCAUCUGCCAGUAGAUUAAGCGGAUGUGAUCCGUGAUCCAUGAGAUUAUAUUAGUGUACAUAAACCACCUAGGCAAUAGCAAAUUCGGAAGAAAAAAAGAUCAGGCCCAUGGUUUUCAAUUUAA